AUGAAAGUUUCAGGCACUGGUCACUUGAAAAUUCUGGGCUUACUGGCCACUGGAGCUGCAACCACGUGUGCAGCUCCGCUCGCCAGUGUUCACGUCAGGUUUGUAUCGCCGCCGCAUUAUCACGAGCACGAGCUCACGACUGAUGGAGGUAGUACAGUUGCUCAGAAGAAUUUCCUUAGUAUCGGAAGACAGCACCCUUCAUUUGGUCAGAGAUUGCCAGGAUCAUUCAGGAAUUUCCGAGUGAUCACCCCCCAAGACGCUCAAUCCCUUUGGCCCGUAGGUGUAUUCGUACCCCCCUUGGACACCAACGACCUCGGUUUCAGCUCUGAUGACGCUCAUCACACACCAGACUUUUCAAACGGUCUAGAUCACCCUGAUCCACUUUUGCUGACCGGAGAAGCAGCAAUGAUAGCUGUCAGAUAUCUGUACGGUCACGGUGAGUUAUUCUUCCACGAGAUUCCCCACGUGCGAGCGAUACUGAGGAAUCAGGAGGAGAGACGAUCGAACGGCCUCCACGAGAACAUUCUGAAGAGCCUCAGGCCCACCUCGCCCUUUUACAGCAACCACGGGCAUUGAGACUGAUCCAAAUGACCAUAUCAUAAUCCCCCGGAAUUCCACAGAAAGGGCAAUUGACUAAAAGUCUUCAAUCACACUUUUAUGGGUUUUUUAAUGAGAAGAAACAUCGAUUAGACACUCACACGUUUUAUUGGAUAUACAAUGACAGAGGCUAUUUGUACUUGCAUUAUUCAUAUCCUUCUAUUAUUUACAUAAAAAUAUACAGUCUUUUGCCCAUCACCGCAUCACUAUAAGGCUCGCUAUGAAUACAAAUAACGCGGAUAUCUUGACGGAAUUGGCGCUGUUGCACAUGUCACCGUUGCAGAAACACAUCCAGACUUUUUUGAAAUUCUUUAUUGUGUAGGCACACCUCUCUUCACCGUCGUCUGGUCCACGCUGAAGGCACAUUCUUUGCGUUGCUGUACCGUAUUCUGGACGAGAAGAAA